CAGACAGCGGAGGCAGAGGUAGGGCUGGAGCGAGAACGGGAGUAGAGCCAAGGGCCCACGAGGAUGUAGACCUGGCCCCCGUCGGUCCAGUAUACCCCCCGAAGAAGCCGGACAUCCUCGGAGUUGCAGGAUGUCGAUGACAGACUUGCUCCACGCAGAGGACAUCAAGAAGGCAGUGGGGGCCUUUACCGCUGUCGACUCCUUUGACCACAAAAGGUUCUUCCAGAUGGUUGGCCUGAAGAAAAAGAGCCCAGAAGAUGUGAAGAAGAUAUUCCAUAUCCUGGAUAAAGACAAGAGUGGCUUCAUCGAGGAGGAGGAGCUGGGAUUCAUUCUGAAAGGCUUCUCCCCAGAUGCCAGAGACCUGUCUGUUAAAGAAACCAAGAUGCUGCUGGCUGCUGGAGACAAAGAUGGAGAUGGCAAGAUUGGGGCUGAUGGUGAGUACCCGUGA